CAUCGAUAGUGCCAUCGAUAGUUUGCCACCUCUACUCAAUAUUACCACAGUAUAAAUAUCACAAUUGUGCGAGCUUUGAAAGAUAAUAAUUUAAUAAAAAACCCAAGGCCAAAAUGUCGUCUUCUGUUCACUGCCAAUUAUGGAUGGGCAGUUUGGAGCCGUAUAUGACCGAAAACUUUAUAAUCGCUGCUUUUCGGAAGAUGGGCGAGGAACCCACAACGGUGCGCCUAAUGAGGAAUAAAUACACUGGCGAACCUGCCGGCUAUUGCUUUGUAAACUUUGCUACAGACGAGAGUGCAAUGGAUGCGAUGCAUAAACUUAAUGGCAAACCAAUACCUGGAACUAAUCCGAUUGUUCGUUUUCGAUUAAACAGCGCAAGUAAUUCAUAUAAAUUGCCUGGAAAUGAACGAGAAUUCAGUGUUUGGGUAGGAGAUUUAAGCUCCGAUGUUGAUGAUUAUCAACUGUAUAAGGUGUUUUCAACAAAAUAUACAUCCAUCAAAACUGCCAAGGUUAUUUUAGAUAGCUCAGGCUUUUCUAAAGGCUAUGGUUUUGUCCGUUUUGGUAUUGAGGAUGAACAAAAAUCUGCUUUAUAUGAUAUGAAUGGCUUCAUUGGUUUAGGUACCAAACCCAUUAAAAUCUGUAAUGCUGUACCAAAACCAAAGAACGAAUUGGGCAUUGCAUUAGGUGCAAGCAGUAACUAUGGAUAUGGCGGAACUGGUAUUGGUGCAUCGACUACUGCAGCGGUAAGCACGGACUAUUCACAAUAUUAUGACCCGACAAGCACAUAUUGGCAGAAUUAUAAUUCUUGGCAAGGAUACUAUGAUCAAAGUGGUGCAGGAGCCAUGACAGAUCCAAACAGUGCCUACUAUCAGCAAUCCAUGGCACAGUCACAUGCAAACCCACAAACCUUGGCACAACACGCAGAAGCAUGGAGCGCCCAACGAGCUGCUCAAUAUGAACAGCAACAAGCAGCUGCUGCUGCCGCAAACAGUGCAACUAGUGCCACAGAGGAUGAUGACUAUGCGUUAGUUGAGCAUAAGUAUACAUUAGAUAUAGAUAAGUUGAAUCGGGAAUCAUUGGAUGCCGAUAGGCUGCUGUAUGACGCCCUGGAAAGUUCAAAAUGGCUACCACUUGAACAACUAGAAACAUAUUAAUCAUUCUUCUGUAGAUUUAAACAACUUAGGAUAUGCAUACAUACAUAAAUACAUAC